AUGCUCCGCAUCUGCUUCUUGAUUGUUAUGACUAUCAACUUCUCAACAUUUCACGCUUGGCUCCCUCCUUACCAGCAAGCAAAUCUCGCCUGUUCGAAUCUCUGCAGAGCAACCGAAAGAAACGAACCACUUAGACUCGGUCAGCGUGUCACGCGAAAUCCAAAUUCCGCACAACUGCGGAUUCAGUGCCUCGUGGAUUGCAUUCAUGGAUGGCGUGGGAAAGUAGUGUUUGGUUGA